GAAGAUAAAAAUUGGUAUCCCGACGCAGGUCUUCACAGCAUGUUCUCAGCACAAGGAACAAUAACGCCCUCACAGCAGUUUCUUCGAUGGAGAAAACUAUCCGUGCUCUUCGUCAGAUUUCCCAGAGGACCAUAAGUACUGCGUCACGCAGGCAGUUUGAAAAUAAAGUUCGAGAGAAACAAAAGCUAUUUCAGGAGGACAAUGGAAUUCCAGUGCAUCUAAAAGGUGGGGUAGCUGAUGCCCUCCUGUAUAGAGCUACCAUGGUUCUUACAGUUGGUGGAACAAUUUAUGCCAUAUAUCAGCUGGCUUUGGCUUCAUUUCCCAAGAAGCAGGGUUGACGUCAGUUAUCCUCCCAGCAAUCAGCUGGUUCAGUUUCAUUCAGCUCUCUAUGGACCAGUAAGCUGACAAUAACUGAGUUCUUCUUUGGGAUCAAUAUUUAUUGACUUGUACUAACUGCCACCAAUAAAGCAGUCUUUACCAUG